AUGAGGUCCAUUAGAGAAGUGAGCAUGCUGACUACUACUCUACUUGCUUUGGCGGGUCUUAGCGAAGCAGUCCAAUACGGCAACAAUCAUGUUGCCGUAUCAAGGGACAAGGAUCUGGUGGCAGCAAACUUCCCCGAUGUUGCUGUUGACUUGCUGUCACCAGCUUUCAGAGCUCCAGACAGUGUACCAGAAGGAAUUGCGGAGGGGACUGAAGGACCGACUGACGAUGCUACACUUGACCGUUUCGUACAGUCUAUCGCUAGUAGAAAUUCUUGGAUGAACUAUAAUCUAGCCGACUUCACGUCUGAAGAAGGCCGUCCAUUCCCCUAUCUUUAUCUAUCAACAUCAUCGUCACACUUCGAGCAGGCUGGGAACACUUCAAAGCUGCGCGUUUGGCUUCAAGGUGGUGUUCACGGAAACGAGCCCGCUGGCGAUCAGGGGUUGUUGGCGCUGAUUGGGAAACUCGAUGCCAACCAGACCUGGGCCCAAUCACUACUGCAAAAGAUGGAUAUAGUCAUCUGGCCGCGUUAUAAUCCCGACGGCGUGGCGAAUUUCCAGCGCGCUCUCGCGACAAACCUGGACCCUAACCGCGAGCACACAAAAUUGAACAGACAGCAGACUCGCGAUAUAAAGAAGCUGUUCAGCGCAUUCUCACCACAUGUCACUGUCGACAUGCACGAGUUCACCCCACGCAACUUUGGAAAUUAUAGGCAUGGCAUGGACGCGUUGGUAGCAGCAGGCAAGAACCUCAACAUCCAUGCCGAAAUACGGAAUAUCUCAGAGCGACUCUUUGUUGCCGAUAUUGGCCGAGCGUUGGAUUCACAAGGCUUCAGAUGGGACCCGUACUUCACCGGUUCCUACAACUCCAUCACGGGCACUAUCAAUCUAGAAGAGGCCGAAAGCGACGCCAAGAGCGGAAGGAAUAAUUAUGCCAUGAAUCAGUGCAUCACGAUCCUCUGCGAGUUCCGAGGCAUCGGUCUCGCCGAUCAACAUUUCCAGCGCCGCGUUGCAACCGCGUUGACCAUGGUGUCGGCUAUCCUGCAGACAACCCACGAUCACGCAGAUCUCGUGUACGCAACCGUCGAGGGAGCUAUACAGAAAUACAUCAAGAGCGAUGAGGACAUCGUGAUUUCGGACUAUUCUGACAUCGUUGACCGAAAUGUCACAUUCAUCGACACCACCAACGGCGACGUUGUGCAGGUGCCCACCCGGUGGGCGAGCACGACGCCUACGUUUGCCAACUUGACCAAGUCCAGACCAGAAGCUUACCUCAUACCGCGCGCGUGGUCCGACUUGGCCUCUCGACUGCGCGAUGCUGGCGUUGAGGUUCAGACCCUUGAGUCUGUCUACAGCGGUACCGUGGAAGCUCUGAAGAUCACCUCGGCUUCGAUCGCUGGCUACUACUACGAAGGCGCCGUUGGAGUGACUAUACAGACUGAGCCAGUUGAGCGGAACAUUACCUUACCCGAGGGCAGUUUCUGGGUCAGCACACGGCAGAAGAAUGCCGCAUUAGCUUUCGCUACUCUCGAACCCGAGGGGCUUGACUCGUAUGCCAGUUUCAACCUGGUUCCCGUGAACGAGGGGGAUGAGUAUCCAAUUUUCAGGAUCAUGAAAUCUCAUUUAGAAGCCGGGGGUCAGCUUGCAGCUCGACAUGAUAAAAUUGCAGGUAACAGUCAGAAGCCAUUUCAAAUGUAA